AUGGUUAUGGAGAAGAAACCAUUUGAGGAUGUAGAUGAAUAUUGUGUGGCGUAUUGGUUGAAGACUACACAAUAUAGUUCAACAAGAACUAUCAUAACGGUGAGAGACGUCUUCACAAAGAAGGUUAAUGGUGAAGAAACACCAUGUUUAGAUUUCAAGAAGAACACAUCAAAACUGGGAGAGAGGCUUCUUAACAAAGAAGGUAAUGGUGAAGAAACACCAUUUUUAGAUGUAGAUGAUUAUUGUGUGGUGGAUUGGUUGAAGACUACAAAAUAUAGUUCAAGAAGAACACAUCAAAACUGGGAGAGAGACUUCUUAACAAAGAAGGUUGGAGAAGAAAAACCCUUUUUAGAUGUAGAUGAUUAUUGUGUGGUGGAUUGGUUGAAGACUACAAAAUAUAGUUCAAGAAGAACACUUCAAAACUGGGAGAGAGACUUCUUAACAAAAAAGGUUGGAGAAGAAACACCCUUUUUAGAUGUAGAUGAUUAUUGUGUGGUGGAUUGGUUGAAGACUACAAAAUAUAGUUCAAGAAGAACACAUGAAAAUUGGGAGAGAGGCUUCUUAACAAAGAAGGUUGAUGGUAAAGAGACACCAUUUUUAGAUGUCGAUGAUUAUCGUGUGGUGGAUUGGUUGAAGACUACAAAAUAUAGUUCAACAAGAACACAUCAAAACUGGGAGAGAGACUUCUUAACAAAGAAGGUUGGAGAAGAAACACCAUUUUUAGAUGUAGAUGAUUACUGUGUGGUGGAUUGGCUGAAGGCUACAAACUAUAGUUCAAGAAGAACAUAUCAUAAUGUGGAGAAAGACUUCUUCACAAAGAAGGUUGGAGAAGAAACACCCUUUUUAGAUGUAGAUGAUUACUGUGUGGUGGAUUGGCUGAAGGCUACAAAAUAUAGUUCAAGAAGAACAUAUCAUAACGUGGAGAAAGACUUCUUCACAAAGAAAGUUGGAGAAGGAAUACCCUUUUUAGAUGUAGAUGAUUAUUGUGUGGUGGAUUGGUUGAAGACUACAAAAUAUAAUUCAACAAGAACAUAUCAUAACGGGGAGAGAUUUCUUCACAAAGAAGGUUGAUGGUGAAGAAACACCGUUUUUAGAUGUAGAUGAUAAUUUAGUGGUCGAUAGGUUGAAGACUCUAGCAACAAGAACAUAUCAUAACGGGAAAGAGAUUUCUUCACAAAAAGGUUAAUGAUGAAGAAAAACCAUUCUUAGAUGUAGAUGAUUAUUGCGUGAGGUAUUGAAUGAAGACUACAAAAUAUAGUUCAACAAGAACACAUCAAAACUGGGAGAGAGACUUCUUCACAAAGAAAGUUGGAGAAGGAACAUCCUUUUUAGUAGUAGAUGAUUAUUGUGUGGUGGAUUGGUUGAAGACUACAAAAUAUAGUUCAAGAAAAACAUCAACACUGGGAGAGAGGCUUCUUAACAAAGAAGGUUGAUGGUGAAGAAACACCAUUUUUAGAUGUAGAUGAUUAUUGUGUGGUGGAUUGGUUGAAGACUAUAAAAUAUAGUUCAAGAAAAACAUAUCAACACUGGGAGAGAGGCUUCUUAACAAAGAAGGUUGAUGGUGAAGAAACACCCUUUUUAGAUGUAGAUGAUUAUUGUGUGGUGGAUUGGUUGAAGACUAUAAAAUAUAGUUCAAGAAGAACACAUCAAAACUGGGAGAGAGACUUCUUAACAAAGAAGGUUGGAGAAGAAACACCCUUUUUAGAUGUAGAUGAAUAUUGUGUGGUGGAUUGGUUGAAGACUACAAAAUAUAAUUCAACAUGAACAUAUCAUAACGGGGAGAGAUUUCUUCACAAAAAAGGUUAAUGAUGAAGAAAAAAAAAUUUUAGAUGUAGACGAUUAUUGUGUGGUGGAUUGGUUGAAGAUUACAAAAAAUAGUUCAAGAAGAACACU